AUGAAUGAGUCAACUAAUGCUGCAUCGACUAAUGCGGAAGCGAGUCAAAAAAAGCAAGAUAUCAGUGACGAAAAGAAUCUUGUUGUUUCAUUCAUCCAGUUCUUGCGUCAGCGUAUUUCACGUGAACAGUGUACAACUGAUCAGGUCGAAGGGAUUGAAGUAGCUAUUCAAUGUCUUGAAACAGCAUUUGAUAUAACCGAUUCCAGUUACUUGUUUCAACCAUCGAAACCUCUUUUGGAUAUCUUCGUUGCAGCCGAGGGUCUUCCCACUGGAAUUGGUAAUUUCCCAAAACCAACUGCAGAAGAAAUUAAAUUAGCGAAUAGUUUAAAAGAAGAGGGAAAUGCACUGAUGAAAUCAUCGCAAUUUGAAGAUGCUGUGUUAAAGUAUAAUGAAGCCAUUAAGCUGAACAAAGAUCCGGCUUACUUUUGCAAUCGAGCAGCAGCUUACUGUCGGCUAGAGCAAUAUGAUAUGGCAGUACAAGAUUGUCGUACUGCACUGGCUUUGGAUCCAAAAUAUAGUAAAGCUUACGGACGAAUGGGGUUGGCACUAUCUUGCCAGAAUCGUUAUGAGCAAGCUGUAGAAGCAUAUAAAAAAGCACUGGAGCUGGAUCCCGAACAAGAAAGCUACAAAAACAAUCUGAAAAUUGCUGAAGAUGAACUGAAAAAAUUGGAAGAAUCAUUCAGACAAGGACAAAAUCCUGGGUUAUUUGGUUCCCAGAUGCCUGACAUGACUGCAUUGCUGAAUAAUCCAGCGAUGAUGAAUAUGGCCAGACAGUUGAUGUCUGAUCCGAACAUCCAGAACAUGAUGUCUCAAAUGAUGAGUGGUAUUCUCGGCAGUGGAUCAAAUGCUGGUGUUUCUAAUCUUAUUGAGGCCGGCCAACAGUUAGCUCAACAGAUGCAGAGUGCUAAUCCAGAUUUGGUUGAACAGCUGAGGCAGCAGUUCCAGGGCCAAGGAGGUCCUAGCAAUGAAAGCGAUAGGAAUGAAUCGCAUGAAAAUGGUACGCAGCCUCCGCAGUAA